ACUACUCAUUAACACUCUAUUCAGUAGUAUAAAGUAUUUGACACAGAUGCUAUACUUAGUGUUACUAAGAAAAAAUUUAACAAGUGAAAGAAUUUUAAAAACGUUCAAUCACCUUGAGUGUGUGUGUAUGUAGGAAUUUAACACUUAAAUCAUGAAUAAAUUAACAAACAAUUAUCAUUAUGGUUAUGAUCAGGAGACAGAUAACGGCGAAAAGAAAACAGUUUCACCAAAACACAACAGAUCGUCUUCCUCUCUUCCAAUUCAAUCAACUUUAGAUCAUGUUAUCCAUUCUACAGAGAAAGCUGAUAAAUUUGAUACUUAUGCUUCCAGAUGGAUAUCAGGAAGUUCUAAUGAGAAGCCGUGACUUGUAGGGUCAACCAGUUGGAAGUAAAGUGGAUGCUAACUGAAGAACUUGGGUGACAGUUACGCUAUGUCGUGAAUUGACAGAAGUUGGAAAUUGUGAACCAGUGGCUGAAUGGUUGACGCGUUCACCAUGAAACCUGAACGUCCUGAGUUCGACCCCUAGCCAGGUCGUGGGUGCGUACUGUUGAGGAGUCUCAUACUAGGACGAAGCAGCUGUCCAGUGCUCACAAGUUUUCAAUGGUUCCCCAACUGAUUUCAGUCCAUGAUGAAUACUACUUCUGAUAGAGAUAGUGUUAAUGAUAAAACAGAUACUGACUGGGUCGCAGGCAUACAUAUCUGAGUGUUUUCAAUUGGUCGGAAAAUGUGUUCUUGAUCUCUCUAUUGGUCUGAACCAUAUUUAUCUAUGCAAGGUGAUAGAAAUCUUUUACAGUUUUAUUCGUAUCGUAUAGUCCUAGCUAAAUUUAUCAAUCAUUUUUGUAAUAUGGUUACCGAGUUGAGAGACUCAUCAUGAUGGUGCAGUUUGAUGGAUACUGGUUAAUUGGAGGUAUUCCCUCUAGAGUAAAGCAGCAGUCAACUUUCGUUAAAAACUUUAAAGGUGACCAUUGUCAUGGAAACUUUAGUGUUGGUCAAAGUAUAGACUUGAAAGCUAGAAGAAAGCUUAUCCUAGCCAGUGUUCUUUGUUUAUUUUUUAUGACCGGUGAAAUAAUCGGAGGAGCUUUAGCGCAUAGCUUAGCAAUUAUGACUGAUGCUGCUCACCUACUAACAGAUUUUGCUAGUUUCCUCAUCAGUUUGUUAGCCUUAUUCUUGGCAUCUAGACCAUCAACAAACAAAAUGAGUUUUGGAUGGCAUCGUGCAGAAGUCGUUGGCGCAUUUGCAUCAGUUAUGUUAAUCUGGUUGGUGACUGGUAUACUCGUCUACUUGGCUGUUAUACGCAUCAUUCAUAAUAAAUAUGAAAUUGAUGGGAAAAUAAUGCUGAUCACUUCUGCUACAGGAGUUGGAGUAAACAUUAUUAUGCUCUUAACACUACAUGAUCAUGGACAUAGUCAUGGUGCAUCAGAUGGUCAUACACAUUCAGUCAGUGUAUCGCAAAAUUUUCCACCUGAAUCAAGAUUGAAUGUAAAGCAUGUACAUCAUGUUGAUGAUUUAUCUACUGUUAAUGUUGAACAUGUAGCAAAUAAAGAAAUUCACAAAGAAGCUAAUCAUCAAAAUAUUACUGUUCGUGCUGCAUUUAUUCAUGUGAUUGGUGAUUUAUUACAAAGUGUUGGAGUUAUGAUUGCAGCAUUAAUUAUCUAUUUUCAGCCUAGUUACAAAAUCGUUGAUCCACUGUGCACAUUCCUAUUCUCUGUCUUGGUUCUUAUCACUACUAUCAAUAUACUAAGAGAUACAUUGAAUGUUUUAAUGGGGCUACACCGCGUGGAUUAAAUUUCAAUGAGGUGAAGAAUUCUUUGAUUGAUAUACCUGGAGUUAAAGAGAUACACAAUUUACAUAUGUGGAGUUUAACAACAAAUAAGACAGCAGUUUCUGUACAUUUAGCCAUUGAAGCUAAUACAGAUGCACAAGAGAUGUUGAAACAAGCAAAUUGUCUACUACGACAACGUUACCUAGCCCAUAAUGUGACAGUACAACUAGAGAAUUAUGUUGAUGAAAUGGCUGAUUGUCAUCAGUGCAAAGAACCUUACAAGUGAUCAGUUUAAUGGAGGAUUAAAAAGGAAUACAACUAUCCGCUUUCAAUGUGCUUUUCUUUAAUUCAUCUUUACUUGUUAAAAUAUUCUUCUUUUCUAUAAAGUUCGAUGGUUUGUGGUAUACUUUAAUGCUUUGUUCUACCGUCGCAAUACUAUAUACUAAUUACACUUACUACAAUAAUACUAUUAUGCCAAGAAUACAAGUAUGUCAAACAUCUACAAAUCUAAUCUAUCUAGUCAGCAAAAUGUAUUUCUAUCAUUUCCGUAACAGAUGAUAAACAUGAUAUUAUCAUUUUUUUUAAAUGACUCAAUGUCAUAGAAACACCGGUAAUUUUCAGUAAAUCAGAUAAUCUACUCAUAAGUAAAAUUGAAAAGUUUGAAACUGUUCUAAUAAACUCGUCAGAAUUAGACAGGUUUGAAGAUAUUUUGAAUUUGCCAAUCUCUUGAACAACUUUAACCUAACUGUUUUUGUUGCCAAAAGGAAAAUUUUCAGCGAAAUAUAUACAUAAAAAUGAAAUAAAAUAACUUAUAAAAAACACGAUUGAAGCCUUUAAAAGAUCUUUCCUGCUCCACUUUACAACCCUUCUAUAAUGAUAUCAUAAAUUUACACAACUACUUAAGCAUCUUUCACAUUUUAUUUAAGUCAGUAGUCAACAAACAUGGUUUUUUUAAUGAAAAAAAAAAAUCGAAACACUUUCUUUAAACAGUAGUAUGUUAUUGUUGUUGUUGUGUUGAAAUCUUUCACAGUUGAAUCAUUUUCAGCAUGUUAUUUGAUAAAGAUAAACUUAUUGAUUAAUUUGACUGAUUAUGUAUACAUUUAUUGAUAAAUUGUGAAUUUUACAUGUCCAUUUAAGAUAUAUUUGCUUAUCCGAGCUAAUUGUGUUGAUUGAACAGAUGCUCUUGUUGAUGUUUCAAGGUCUUGCAUUUACUCCAUUAUAUAAUUUAGUAAAUAUUCG